ACGACUGUGGCGUAUGAAUUUGUUAUGCAGAGAUAAAUCCGUACGCGAUGAUCUCAGUUCGGUUCUACCUCCACCUGUCUAAUCAAUGUCCAAAAAGGCUGGGAGUGACAUUCUCUCGAUUCUUGGGAGAGGUUCAUCCAAGAUCACCAAACCAACCCACUCAAAUGCCAGCCCCAUUGCCAAUUUAGAGGUGAAGCUUUCCCAAACGCCGUCACUCGGGCUUAGAGUCCCUGGGUGUAAAGCUGGCUGGACAGUCAAGGGCUCCCAUUUGGUGCAAUAUGUCCCGAAACAGAGCAUAUUCACCAUUACUCCUCCCCACAAGAUUGCGUCGUUUGACCUAGAUGACACGUUGGUGAGGACAAAGUCAGGGGGCAAGUUUGCCGUGAAUGGCGACGACUGGCAGUUUAUCAACGGCAAAGUGGUGCCCAAAUUGCACCAGCUCUGGGCUGACGGGUAUGUGAUUGUCAUAUUUACCAACCAAGGCGGAGUCGUGGCGGAUAGCACCCUGAAGAGCUUUAUAAAGCUCAAGGCGCGUGUAGGCAACGUCGUGGAUGCUAUUUACGGCGAUGCUGCAAAGUCAGGCCAUCUUAUGGUGUUUGGAAGCCCAAAGUAUCCUAAGGCAAAGACGUACAAGGGUGUGAAGAGCGCUGAGGCCAAGCAUGCAGAAAUGCGGAAGCCCCAGGUUGGGAUGUGGACAGAGUUGGUGAAAGCAAUGCGACAGGAAGGAGAUACGGGGGAUACGGAGUUGAUUGACAUGGAGAACAGCUAUUUUGUGGGUGAUGCAGCCGGGAGAAAGGGUGAUUUUAGCGACAGUGAUUUGAAGUUUGCUAAGAAUGCUGGGUUGACGUUUUUCACUCCAGAGGAGUUCUUCUAAGCGAGUGCGUAGCACGAGCUCGAGGUAGUGCAAAACUUGUAAAUACAUUACU